CAUCGUCACAUGGGUAAAAUCAGUUCGCCAUGUUGUUUGAGAAGAGGACAGAAAAGUAUAAAGAGCGAAUCUUUAGAUCGACUUAAACGGUAGAGAACUAAAUCAAUCAUGACCUCCCUUACUAGUAUUCUUCCGACACCCGUAAACAUUGCCUAUAAGGAUGAUGAAGACCAAGAUGAAGAGCUUGAGACCUCUUACCAAAUGUUAGUUGUUACCAAAGAACCACCAGCUUAUGGUCGACGCCACGGUUGGAUCCCAAGAAAACUCGAUGAUUUUGGAGAUGGAGGAGCUUUUCCAGAAAUCCAUGUGGCUCAGUAUCCUUUGGAUAUGGGCAGGAAUAAGAAAACAAAAACAUCCAAUGCUUUGCCCGYCCAGUUAGACGCUAAAGGACGAGUGAAAUACGACGCUAUUUUAAAACAAGGACAGAAAAAAGAUAAAGUAAUUCACUCAAAGUUCACCGAUUUGGUACCAGCACACCUGAAGGACGACGCAGAUAACGAAUUUAUGAGGCCCGACGAAGAARAGGUGAAAAGUGUAACAGAAAAGACAAGGGAAGCUCUAGAAAAAGUUGUAAACACGAAAAUAGCCGCUGCUCAACCGACUCAAGCAGCCCAAAAACCACAGUCAGCCCAGUACAUAAGGUACACACCAGCACAACAAGGUACUGCUUUCAAUUCUGGUGCAAAGCAACGGGUCAUUAGAAUGGUUGAAAUGCAAAAAGACCCCAUGGAGCCACCAAGGUUCAAGACCAAUAAGAAAAUUCCUCGUGGACCACCAUCUCCUCCAGCACCAGUAAUGCAUUCGCCAAGCAGAAAAGUAACUGUUAAAGAACAGCAAGAUUGGAAAGUACCGCCUUGUAUUUCAAACUGGAAGAAUGCCAAAGGUUAUACUAUACCGCUGGACAAACGUUUAGCAGCAGAUGGCCGUGGACUUCAAGAUCCACAUAUCAAUGAUAAGUUUGCAAAGCUUGCUGAAGCAUUAUAUAUUGCUGAUAGAAAAGCAAGAGAGGCUGUAGAGAUGAGAGCCCAACUUGAAAAGAAGUUAGCACAAAAAGAGAAGGAAAAGCAGGAAAAGAAAUUAAGAGAAUUGGCCAUGAAAACGAGGGAGGAAAGAGCUGGAAUCAGGGCUGUAUCAGAUCGGUCUGAAGAAGAGCGUGAGCGAGACCAGAUGAGGCAUGAAAGACAUAAAGACAGAGAAAGAGAUAGGCGCAUUUCCAAAGCUGCCCCUGAUAAGAGGUCUAAACUGCAAAGGGACAAAGAUAGGGAUAUUAGUGAGCAAAUUGCUCUGGGAGUUGCUCGUGGUACAACAUCAGAUGACAGCAUGUUUGAUCAAAGACUUUUCAAUCAGUCCAAAGGUAUGGAUUCAGGAUUUGGAGAGGAUGAUUCUUACAAUGUAUAUGACAAGGCUUGGCGGCAGGGUACCAGUACUGCCUCUUCUAUAUACAGACCAUCUAAGAAUAUUGUUGAUAAAGAUGUUUAUGGAGAUGAUUUGGAGAGGCUGGUGAGGACUGACAGAUUUCAAGCUGAUAAAGAGUUUGCAGGCACAGAUCACAGCCAGAAACGAGAUGGUCCAGUACAGUUUGAAAAAGAAGAAGAAGAUCCUUUUGGUCUUGAUAAGUUUCUUACAGAAGCCAAAAAAGGCAAAAGGACACUUGAUGAGCCAAGAUCACGGGACCACGAUAGUCGAAGUAAAAGAAAACGCUGAACUUGCUUUAUCAAAAAGGAAUUACAUAAAGCAGCAUUUUCAUGUUCGUAAAAAUAGCAUGGAAAUUUGUUUUUGGGCCUCUGAAUGCCACAUCUCAUGAUUCUUAUAUUCCUCCUGUAAUUUCAGUUAAGGGUCAUAGAUCUAAAACAGUAAAGAGAAGUAGUGUGUUUUUGCUUAUUGCUUUUAUUUUUAGCAUUCAUAGUGAUUAUCCCAAAACCUUGUUUUUUAUGCUUAUCAGAAAGAAAGAGCCUUCAGCAUAUGGCUGAAAAUACUGUAAAAUAAGAAUAAAGAGAUGUCAGAGUUGAUGUUUCGGAAAAACCAAAAUGUCAUAACUCAAUAUGUUAUAAUCUUGAGAACAUUUUUGUGAAGGUAAUUUAUUUUAUAGUACAAUAACAUAUUAUGGUAUGUUUUUGUCUGACAUGAUGAUGUUUUUCCAUCAUUUUUACAGUAGGUUAAGCAUGGUUGUUUUACUUCACUCCAAUGAAAUUUGGUUAUCUUGCUGUGUAUUAGUUCACUAUUUCAAGAGCAAAGUGAAAUCAUCCUAAAACAAUGUAAUGAUGUUUAGUAUUGUUUUAUGAUGCAGGUUUUUUCCUACCUUAACUGGUAUUUUAAGUCUAGAACUGAAUGUGCUAUGAAAAUACAUUUGACUACAUAAUGUAAGUGCAUAUACUUUGUAUGUAAUGGGUGGAUAUAGAGUGCAUGCCAUAUAUCUGCGAAACAAUUACUGAUUUAGCACUUAUUUAGUUGUUGAUUUAAUUCACUCGGGCAUAAACCAAACAAAGAUGCAAGGGGUAUUUACUUUAACCAGUGUCUUCUCCAGUAAUAUCUUUUAUUACGUACAUACAACACAGCUGCAACUAGACAUUACUACUUUGGUUUUGUUCCAUGGAUAUAUGGCAUGCACUCUAGUAAUGGCACUCAAGAUGUAAAAAAAACAAACUACUAGAGUAGUUUUAUAAACCCAUGAAAUACACUUCAAUAUUUAGCACUACUUAGCUCUAAUAGGCCUUUUGUAAUAGAUUGACAUGUGAUUGGUACUGUAUGGCAAAAAAAAUUGGGCUUAUUUGAAGAUUUUUUUGAUGGCUCAUUAAUGUUGUAUCCAAAACUGUUUCAAAAAAAUCCUUUUUUUCCAUUAUAAGAUCCAUUUGAUUUCAAGAUACGAAGCAUUUUAAAGUUUGUUUGCCAUCCAGCAGAGCCUUCCCCAAGGAACCUUGAGCAGAAUUGAUUCAUUAGCAAAAUCAUAUAUCGGCACAUGAAUGUUGCAAUAGGCCUAAUCUCGUGUUUUCUAUCAUGUUUACCUGAAUAUUACACUUUAAUUAGUACA